CAAAGGGAGGGGCUUCAGCAUCGUCACAGACACUCCUGAACUGCAGAGGCUGAAGAGGACCCAGGAGCAAAUCAGUAACAACUAACCAGUUCUACUGGAGACACCCAUGGGACAGCUAAUAUGAGGACUGCAGUCCAUUCAAAGGAAUACACGUUUUAUUCAAGACCAGCGGUUGUUUGCACAUCUGUUCUUAAUCAUGCAAAACCUCUUAUAAUGCAGGUGGAAGAAAAAUAUCGUAUGAGGAAGAAAGAAAAAGAAACAAAUGAGAAAAUAUUGCCUUUCACAGACUGAUUGAAGUUUAACAAGUGCGCCAUUAUCAGAUUUGUUCGACUUUGUCCCUGUCCUUGAUGCACAGUGGGGAGAGUUUUGUGUGGCCAAAUUUUGUUUUCUGGGACAUAUUCAUGUUAAGAACAUCCUGAAUGUAAAGGAAAAACUGGAAAUAUUAAAGAAAUAUUUGUGGACUAUCAUUAAUAACUGUGUCACAUAAUUAUGAUUUUGGUGGAUUUGGGAGCACGGUGAGGUGUCAUCAAGAACUCAUAGCAUGAUGGAAAAUGGGAAGCCAGACACUGCUCAAUGUUGUGCAGGUCACUCACCAUGUAAACAGAUGUCACCAAGAGCAGCACAAGCUGUGUCAUCUCUAGGACAAGCCAAGAGGGUAAAAACAUGAGGGUCCCUGUAUUAGAGGAUGUGAAAGAUGAAGAGAAGAAAACAGAGGAAGAGGAAAACGAAGAAGGCAAUGUAUUCUUAAAACCUGUUAUUGAAGACCUAAGCAUGGAACUGGCCCGAAAGUGCACCGAACUCAUCAGUGAUAUCCAUUAUAAAGAAGAAUAUAAAAAGUCUAAGGACAAGUGCACAUUUGUGACUGAUACGCCCAUGCUAAACCAUGUAAAAAAUAUCGGUGCUUUUAUUUCUGAGGCAAAAUACAAAGGUACCGUCAAGGCUGACCUUUCCAACUCUCUUUACAAGCAGAUGCCAGCCACCAUCGACAGUGUCUUUGCAAGAGAAGUGUCCCAGCUCCAGAGUGAGGUUGCCUACAAGCAGAAACAUGAUGCUGAGAGAGGAUCCUCAGAUUACGCCCACAUGAAGGAGACACCCGAGGUCAGACACGCCAUGGAGGUCAACAGACACCAGAGUAAUAUUUGUUACAGAAAAGAUGUGCAGGACACCCAUACAUACACAGCAGAGCUUGACAGACCGGAUAUCAAGAAGGCAACUCAGGUCUCCAAGAUCAUAAGCAAUGCAGAAUAUAAGAAGGGACAAGGAAGAAUGAAUAAAGAGCCUUCUGUCAUCGGAAGACCAGAUUUUGAACACGCCGUGGAAGCUUCUAAACUUUCUAGUCAGGUUAAAUAUAAAGAAAAAUUUGAUAAUGAAAUGAAGGGGAAAAGCCACCAUUACAAUCCACUGGAGAGCGCUUCUUUUAGGCAAAACCAGCUUGCGACUACACUGGCAAGUAACUGGGAAUAUAAAAAGCAUUUUGAAGAAAAUAAAGGGAUGUAUCACUUCGACGCAGAGGCUGCUGAACACCUGCACCACAGAGGCACUGCUGCCCUCCAGAGUCAGGUAAAAUACAGAGAAGAAUAUGAGAAAAAUAAGGGAAAGUCCAUGCUUGAAUUCGUCGAGACGCCAUCAUAUCAGUCCUCAAAGGAAGCUCAGAAGAUACAGAGUGAGAAAAUUUACAAGGAAGAUUUUGAAAAGGAGAUUAAAGGAAGGUCCUCACUGGAUUUAGACAAGACUCCUGAAUUUUUACAUGUGAAGUAUAUCACGAACCUGCUGAGGGAGAAAGAAUAUAAAAAAGAUUUGGAAAGUGAGAUAAAGGGGAGAGGAAUGGAACUUAAUUCCCAAGUUCUUGAUGUUCAGAGAGCAGAAAGGGCGUCUGCAAUGGCCAGCGAGAAAGAAUACAAGAAAGACCUAGAGUCAGAAAUCAAAGGGAAAGGAAUGCAAGUUGACCCUGAUACCCUUGAAAUACAACGAGCCAAAAAAGCUGCCAGGAUAGCCAGCGAGAAAGACUAUAAAAAGGACCUGGAGACAGAAAUUAAAGGGAGAGGGAUGCAGGUCAGCACAGACACUCUUGAUGUUCAGAGAGCUAAGAGGGCAUCGGAGAUGGCCAGUCAGAAGCAAUAUAAGAAGGACUUAGAGAAUGAAAUUAAGGGGAAAGGAAUGCAGGUGAACAUGGAUAUCCCGGAGAUGCUUCGAGCCAAGAGGGCAUCUGAAAUCUACAGCCAGAAAAAGUAUAAAGAUGAAGCCGAGAAAAUGCUGUCUAACUAUUCCACUGUGGCAGACACUCCCGAAAUUCAGAGAAUCAAGACAACUCAGCAAAACAUUAGCACAGUGAAAUACAAAGAAGGGAUUAAACAUGCAUCAGCCACUUCUGAUCUUCCUGAGCUAAAAAGAGUUAAAGAAAACCAGAAGAAUAGCAGGGAUCUCCAGUAUAAAGAGCGGAACUACAAAGCCACUCCAGUAACCAUGACCCCAGAGAUAGAGAGAGUGAGGAGGAACCAGGAGCAGCUGAGCGCGGUCAAAUACAAAGGAGAGCUAAAACAGGCAACUUCCAUUUCGGAUCCACCAGAGCUGAAGAGAGUGAAAGAGAACCAGAGAAACAUCAGCAAUGUUUAUUAUAAAGGUCAGCUGGGAAGAGCUACAACCUUAAGUGUAACUCCUGAAAUGGAAAGAGUCAAGAAGAAUCAAGAAAAUAUUAGCUCGGUGAAAUACACCCAGGACCAUAAACAGAUGAAAGGUAGACCAAGUCUGAUUUUAGAUACGCCUGGUUUGAGACAUGUUAAAGAAGCACAAAAUCAUGUUUCAAUGGUAAAAUAUCAUGAAGAUUUUGAGAAGACAAAGGGAAGGGGCUUCACUCCCGUGGUGGAUGAUCCUGUGACAGAACGAGUGAGGAAGAACACCCAGGUUGUCAGUGAUGCUGCCUAUAAAGGCGUCCAGCCCCAUGUUGUGGAGAUGGAUAGGAGACCUGGGAUCAUUGUUGACCUCAAUGUGUGGCGCACAGAUCCGGGCUCCAUCUUCGACAUUGACCCCCUGGAGGACAAUGUUCAGUCUAGAAGUCUGCGUGUGCUCUCUGAAAAGGCAAGUCAGUACAGGAGACACCGGCCUCGCUCACACUCCGACAGCACUUUUGGUACAGGUCUGGGAGAUGAGAAGUCAGAGAUCUCCGAGCUCUACCCUAGCUUUUCAUGCUGCAGUGAGAUCACAAGGCCAUCUGACGAAGGAGCGCCUGUUCUCCCUGGAGCUUACCAGCAGAGUCAUUCCCAAGGCUAUGGGUACAUGCACCAGACCAGUGUGUCAUCUAUGAGGUCGAUGCAACAUACACCAAAUCUAAGGACCUACCGAGCCAUGUAUGAUUACAGUGCCCAGGAUGAAGAUGAGGUUUCCUUCCGAGAUGGCGACUACAUUGUCAAUGUGCAGCCCAUUGACGAUGGCUGGAUGUAUGGCACCGUGCAGAGGACCGGGAGAACCGGCAUGCUCCCGGCAAACUACAUUGAGUUUGUGAAUUAAUUCUUUCUCCUCGCCCUUUGAGCUUUAUUCUGAUGUAUUCUAAACCCAAUCUUUUUAAAAGAUAGAAGAUACUUUUCAGACAACUUGGCAAUUAUUUUACAAUAACGUAUCAUUACUUUGACAGUUAGACACACAGGUACCAGGAAGAAGGGAACGACUUUUGUGCUGAAACAGCAGCUUUUCAGUAAUUCCUGUAAACAAAAUCAUUAGGUCUGGAGACCUGGUGCUGCUAAUUGUGUUUGUGAUUUCCUUUGAUUGGCUUUUGAACCCUUGUGGGAAAUGUAUUUUUGUAGACUUUAAUAGCGAUGUUGAUUGUCCCUUCAAUGUAAUGAAUGUUUGAAACUUCUUAGCUGUCACUAGGAAUCAUCCAGAGCCAAUUCUUGUAGCCCAGUCAUACAGCCAAUAAUUUAAAAACUGUUUAGCUUUUGAAUCAUUGGGCAAUUUCCAAUUCAAGUGAGAAUUGCCCAAUAUAAUUAAUGUAAGCAAUGGCAGAACAAGUCUGGCUAAAAUUAUAUUGACUGCAGCCUUAGGGACUGGAGGGGAAACAUGCUUAUUCCCUAGGCUGACUGGGAUCUGUUUGUUUUGCAUUUGUUCCACAGAGUAGCCUAUUUCUGUUUACAUUCUGUGAGCAGAGUGUUCGCUCAGGCCCCUAGAACGUCAGGACCAAGUAGCUUCACAGGUACUCUGGAAAGGGCAAACUUCAGUGUCACCUGAAUUAUUUCCCUGGUAGACUUUCUCCUGCUGCAUGUCUGUGGGUCGAGCUUCUGUAUCAUAGCAGCUGUUUGUUGGUCCUGCUUAUAGAUGCCAGCGGUGUGGCUGAUCUCUCCAAGCCCUUUCUUCUAGUUGCCAGCUGAUCAGGAAAACACUUUGAAAAGUUGCCCGAGACUUUUCUGCUCUAUUGCACUCUAGUUGUGAAGGACUCACACCUUAGGAAACACAUCUACUCUAGUAAAUAGGAAAUUUAGAUAUUAGCUAAACAGCUUCCAUUCAUGCAAUGCCACCAUUGACUUAAUAGUGAAGUAAUUAGAACAGCAUCCCAUGGCGGGGGAAAUGGACUACAAAGUAUAUAGAAGAAUAAAGAAAACAAAACAGUAAGCAGAAGUUAGCUUAUACUGAUAUCUGGGCUCCCUUUUUGGAAGAUGGCACUUGGACUCUGUAAUAGAAGUCUAGCUGCUAAGGCCUGUUCAUCAAAAGGCUUUCUUUCCACAGUCUGGUUUUUAUUUCCUAAAUCUCCUUCGGAGAUGAGAUAGGAAUGUUAUUAGAGAUUUUUCGAUACAGAUCCAAUAGACAAUUCACUAAAAAAGAAAUUGGUUUCAUGUUUUGAGUGACUGUGCAGGCUUUUUCUAGAUUCACAGCCUCAAGUACAGCUCUCGGUGGUUAGAUCUUAAAUUUCUCUCAGUGUCUGCAGUCCAGGCUACCCAGAUGUUGACAUUCAUGAGCAACUGUGUUUUUCUGAGGUCACCCUCCAUUAUGACUUGCAGCAGGCUAGUGUCCAUGUGGGAUCUGGCUCUUUCGUGAAGACACUGAAAAAAAAAAAAAA